CCUCAUCCCCAACAUCACCGCGCGCAUCACCCACAACCACACGCAUCGUCAGCACCGCGCCGCGUCAAAGAUCAUCAGACGCGCUCUUGCCAUCGACAACGCAAGCCGCCCACAACACUAUCCUCAUCGUCAACGGGUCGCCCCAUCCGACCACGCGCAAGUCUCUGCCACCUUGCCUUUGCGAACCGCGACAGCCUUAUUGACUUCACUUCGCGACUCUUCAUCUUCGCCCGCGCCCGCGCUUACUUCUCAGCUAUUCGAGUCGUUUAAUUCAUCAGUCGACUCGCUCACUACCAGUCUUCGGUCGACGCCACUCCACAUACUUCGACAGUCAGCACUUUCACCAACACCAAUAUCAAAUCCAUCACCAUGUCUGGAAAGCUCGAUCAAUCGCUCGAUGCCAUCAUGAAGGACCGCCCAGCCGGCAGCCGCCGAGGAGGCCGAGCUGGACGCCUGCCAGCGCGCAAGGCCNAAAAUCGAAAGCCGCAACCGCAGCGGUGGUCGCUCCAGCCGGCGGCAUCGCAAAGAAGACCAAGGCCACGAGGCCAACGAAGGCCCCGGCCGUUGUGCCCGUCCACACGGGAGACAGCAAAAUCUCAGUCUCUAACCUUCCCACGGAUGUGACGGAGACGCUGAUUAAGGACUACUUUGGCCAAUCGGUCGCACCAGUGAAGAAGGUCAUUCUCAACUACGGACCAAACGGCCGCAGCCGUGGAUCAGCAACUGUUCUAUUCAGCAAACCAACCGCAGCUGCCGAAGCAGUGCAACUCGAUGGCACGGUCGUUGACGGCAAGAAGAUGAGGAUCGAGAUUCUCAUGGGUGCUCAGGCCGUCCCAGCACCUCAAGCACCAAAGCCACUUUCCGAGCGCGUGACCAAGCAGCCCAAGAACGCCGCGAAGGACAAGCCGAAGCAGGCCGGUGCAGCCAAGGGUCAGGCUGGCGCCAACGGAGCAACUGCGGAUAAGAAGAAGACGAAGAAGGCCAAGUCUGGUCGCGCAGGCAAGCCAAAGGCGAAGACCGCAGAAGAGCUGGAUGCAGAAAUGCAGGACUACUUUGGCAGUGGCGAGGCCGGCGCUGCCGCUGCGAACGGCACAGCACCUGCGGCUGCGACGAACGGAGCCGAUACUGGGAUGGUCGACGAGGUGAUGUAAGAUGGAUCGCGAGCGAGGACGAUUGUUACAAAGACACUCCUUAGGCGCUGAUAUGUGCCUGCCUGCUCUUUCGCGGACGAACCGAACCGAAACACACGGCGGUAACGACUCUGCUUCGACGUUGUUCAGUUUUGAAAUUGUAUCAAGUACGACAUCCCGGCGUUUGGAGAUUGCUGCAGACUUCGUCGUGGUGGAUCAGACUGCGGGAAGAAUAAGAUAAGACUGCGACUACGACCUUUCACUUUUACUCUUGCAACUCUUCGCUUCUCCAGAGAGCUUCAAGCUUGUUCGUCACUGAAGUCCAAGUACCUCCAAGGAGCCGGGUGCACUAAUGGCGCCCUGCAUCGAUUGCCUGGAAAGAGCUCCAUCGAGGUAGUCGGAACGAGCCCAGGCG